GUGGACCCGCUCCGGGUUUUACAAGCCUCUCCCCCGCCGCAGUGGGAGGAAGUUGGACCACAAAGCAAGCAGUGCAACUGUUCUCACAAAAAAAAUUACAGAAAAAUAUACCGAAGCGGGACUUCAAGUAAGCAUGUGCCAUAUUGGAGCUGGGAAACGAACAGCUUGAUCGAGAGGAGCGGAUCGGCUGGCCCACGCCCGGGAGGCAGCGGACGGACACUUUAGCUUCAGCUCUCAACUAGCCGAGUGUGCAGCUCGGGUAGCCCGGCAGGCAGGAGUCGCUUGUGGGCAGGCGGAGUAGCGACGACCCGCUCGGUUUUUAUUUCAGAUAUCGACCACUUGUGCGGUCGGUUUGCGAGGGAGGCCUACCAGCACAGCGCCGUAUGAGGUGUUUCACAUUACCUAGCGUGGUCAGAGGUGUCGUUGGCCAAGUUGCCCGAUCUGUUAGCCACAGUUUACGGCGAAGAGGAAAAGUUAGCGUUUAACAAGCGAAGUACGGCGGAGCUCCAUCUCCCCUCCUCCUCCUCCUCCUCCUCCAGCAGCCCGCAGCCAGCAGCUCUGCGCUGGGUCUCCCCUUCCGUCUUCAACGCUCGGGGUGCCUCAACAAGCAGCUGGAUUAUCUUGUGUGAUUCCGCCUUUAGUUUUGAACUCACUUGGCUCCAUAAGACUUGUGUGUUUCCUUAUUAUUUCUCUCCCCCGGAAACGCUGCAAGACUUCCCCAGUUAAGCAGUUUGCACGCAGCCGUUAGCUUCACGUUAUUAAGUAAAUCUCUGAAACCGAGCCAGUGUUUCUGUUUCAGUCCGCCAGCUAACUGCUCCGUUUGCUGCUGGCAACAGGGGACUUUUUAUUAUUUUAUUUUAAGGGUGUUCAUCUGCUUGACUGAAAUGAUCCAAAACUAGAUGUAUCGAUCGAUGAACCACUCACUCGCACACCUUAUUUAAUAGUUAGCCUCCUGGCUAGCAGGUUUUCGUUUUGCUAGCUAGCGUGGUGGCUAACUAACUAGCAGCAGACGAGCCCAAAUGUCGGUGUUGGCAGCAGCAGGAGGCUAAAACAAGUUAGCUUUCGGAGGAUUUGGCUUGUGAUUAGCUGAUAACAGCCUACUGGAUUUUGGUGCUAAACCUCUUAAAGGGUGUUUAAACGCAUCUUUUCAGGCGACUUUCUUUUUUCUUUUUGUGUGUGUGUGUGAUUGAUGAGCCGUUGGGGAUCAUUUCAGCCUUUUACAGGAAGCCAAGCAGCAGCAACAUAAACAACACUGGUGUGUAGAUUUAUUUUUUAUUUUUUAAGGGAUGCACAUUAUGAGUCCUGGCUCGUAUUUAACCUGUGUUUUUUUGUGGUUUUAUUGACGGCCUGAGAGAUUUGUGAUAUUUACCAUCCUGAUGAUACACAUUUCGACCUGUCUCCGGGUGUCCUCCCUCCUGAAUCUCCCUUCUGUUUUCCGGACUCACUUGAUUGUUUGAGACCUUUUUUUUUUUCUGCUGUCAAAGCAUCUAAAGAGCCAGUCACGUAUUUUGUUUAUUUUAUUUUUAUUACUAGACUCAUUUGUCUUUUUCUCGACAGCACAGUGUGCUUUAACGAAACCUGGAGACAAGCCCAGUCGUUUGGACACAUUUCCAUUAAGAGGACCAGGGAAGUCCUGCGGGAUUUGACAGCAUUUGCCUCCAGAUCCAGCAUCUGGUUGCAUCUACCUGUCUGUGUGAGACAAAUGACAGAGCUGUAAAGGAAGUACUGGCCUCAAAACGAGAAAUCAUCAGUCUGUAUUUGUUUUUUUCUUCCACCCCCUUUUCCUCACAACAAAAAAAAACAACCCUGCAUCUCUUGCACUAAAUUGGAUUACCAGGACGGGGAUCUAGCGGGCCUUGGUGACUCUGUAUUUCUCGCGCAACCUGUCACCCAAUGUCUUCCCUCUUGAAUUUCCCUUUUUCUGUCACAAGGAUGGCAGUUUGAGGCGAAGUGAACAAGACUACUACAGCAAACCCGGAGACAACGACGCCUCUCCGGUCCAUGGGUCGAAAGAUGGCGGACCUCGAAGCAGUGCUCGCCGAUGUCAGUUAUUUGAUGGCGAUGGAGAAGAGCAAAUCUACUCCAGCGGCCCGGGCGAGCAAGAAAAUCAUCCUCCCGGAGCCCAGUAUCCGCAGCGUGAUGCAGAAGUACCUCGAGGAGAGAGAUGAACUGACAUUUGACAAAAUUUUCAACCAGAAAAUCGGCUUCCUGCUGUUCAAGGACUUCUGUAUGAAUGAGAUCGACGAGGCCGUGCCGCAGCUCAAGUUCUACGAAGAAAUUAAGGACUACGAGAAGCUGGACUCCGAGGAGGAGAGGUUGAGCCGCAGCCGGCAGAUUUACGACGGCUACAUCAUGAAGGAGCUCCUGUCCUGUUCACAUCCAUUUUCUAAGAAGGCAGUGGACCAUGUGCAGAGCCACUUAGCAAAGAAACUGGUUCCCCCAACUCUAUUCCAGCCAUACAUAGUGGAGAUCUGUGACAGCUUAAGAGGGAAGAUCUUCCAGAAGUUCAUUGAGAGUGACAAAUUUACUCGUUUCUGCCAGUGGAAGAACGUGGAGCUCAACAUCCAUCUGACCAUGAACGACUUUAGCGUGCAUCGGAUCAUCGGCAGGGGAGGCUUCGGGGAGGUGUACGGCUGCAGGAAGGCCGACACGGGGAAAAUGUAUGCCAUGAAGUGUUUGGACAAGAAGAGGAUCAAGAUGAAGCAGGGGGAGACUCUAGCGCUCAAUGAAAGAAUCAUGCUGUCAUUAGUCAGCACAGGGGACUGCCCGUUUAUCGUGUGUAUGACGUACGCCUUCCACACCCCUGACAAGCUCUGCUUCAUCCUGGACCUCAUGAAUGGGGGUGACCUGCACUACCACCUGUCUCAGCACGGCGUGUUCAGCGAGAAAGAGAUGCGCUUCUAUGCGGCUGAAAUCAUCCUGGGGCUGGAGCACAUGCACAACCGCUUCGUCGUCUACAGAGACCUCAAGCCAGCUAAUAUCCUGUUAGAUGAACACGGCCAUGUUCGUAUCUCCGACCUCGGCCUGGCCUGCGACUUCUCCAAGAAGAAACCCCACGCCAGCGUGGGCACUCAUGGCUACAUGGCUCCGGAGGUUCUUCAGAAGGGGACGGCGUACGACAGCAGCGCCGACUGGUUCUCCUUAGGCUGCAUGCUCUUCAAACUCCUCCGAGGGCACAGUCCCUUCAGACAGCACAAGACCAAAGACAAACAUGAGAUUGACCGCAUGACGCUCACCAUGAACGUGGAGCUGCCUGACUCCUUCACUGCGGAGCUCAAAGAUCUGCUGGAGGGGCUGCUGCAGAGAGACGUAUCCAAGAGGCUCGGCUGCCAGGGCCGAGGAGCCCCAGAGGUGAAGGAACACCAGUUUUUCAAAGGCAUUGACUGGCAGCAGGUGUACCUGCAGAAGUACUCUCCUCCUUUAAUUCCUCCCAGGGGAGAGGUGAACGCUGCAGAUGCCUUCGACAUAGGCUCUUUUGACGAGGAGGACACCAAGGGCAUCAAGCUGCUGGACAGUGACCAGGAGCUGUACAAGAACUUUCCUCUGGUCAUAUCGGAGCGCUGGCAGCAGGAAGUGGCAGAGACGGUCUACGAGGCGGUCAACUCGGACACCGACAAGAACGAGGCUCGCAAGAGGGCGAAGAACAAGCAGCUCGGCCACGAGGAGGACUACGCCUUCGGAAAGGACUGCAUAAUGCACGGCUACAUGUUGAAGCUGGGGAACCCGUUCCUGACCCAGUGGCAGCGCCGGUACUUCUACCUUUUCCCCAACCGUGUGGAGUGGAGGGGCGAGGGCGAGUCACGGCAAAACCUGCUGACGAUGGAGCAGAUUGUGACGGUGGAAGAAACGCAGGUUAAAGACAAGAAGUGCAUCCUGCUGCGCAUCAAAGGAGGGAAGCAGUUUGUGCUGCAGUGCGAGAGCGACCCGGAGUUCGUGCAGUGGAAGAAAGAGCUGACCGAAGCGUUCACAGAAGCCCAGAAGCUGCUGCGCCGGGCCCCCAAAGUCAUCGGGAAAGGCCGGGCCGGCGUGGUGGAGCUCUCCAAACCUCCCCUCACACACCGCAACAGCAAUGGCCUGUGAAUACACACACACAUAUAUAUAUAUAUAUACACAUACACACACUUUGACACACACACACACACACACUGCAUCCCCCCUCCUCAUCAGCUGCAGGACGUUUGCCCCGACUCCCUCCCACGACGCCUCGCAGCGUGUGAUGGACCACGCCCACCAGCCUCUUACCACCACACGCACACACACUCUGAACACGACGACCAAUCAUAUGCGUGAUAUAGUUGUGUUUUUUUAUUGUUUUUUUUUUUGUCUGCCACGGGACGUUGCCAGUUUGCCGAGAGGAAGAAAGGAUGAAGCAUUCGUGUGGAGUCAGCAUGUGAAGAACCUCUGCAUGAAUGUGUCGAGGACGGACGAGCCCGUCUUUCUACCUUUCCCCGCUCUCCUCCUGCACCGCCUCCACCACCACCGCCUCGCCCUGUUUGAACCAGAAAAUCUGAAAGGGGGCGGGGCCUCUCUUUUGGACCCACAGCAGCUUGACUGACUCCUCCACAAACCCUCACAGAGCUAAAGAUCCGGUCAGCUUUGCUGUUGGCCGGCUGAGCAGCGCCCGCCCUCUCUGAGGUGACAACACCGAGCUUUAGCGAGGAAUGUAUUUCUUCGAGAGGAAAAACAAAGUAAAAGGCUGCUCCCCUGGUCCCCCCCCUCUCUGUAACCAUUCCUCCCUUCGUUACUGACGUGCGUAAAGUGCCAACAUCAGUAUUUACUUGUCACCUGAGCACUCAGGAGGACCUGCCUGCUCGCCGGCUUGGUGGCGUUUGCGGGCCGGUGGCGGUUUGAUCAUUCCAACUUAUAAAAACAGGAAGUACAAGGACCGCAGACUCUUUCACAUUGGCUCUUGUACAGCCAGUUACCAUAGAGACAGAGACCCCGUUGGCUGGCAAACCUGCAGCCUGUUGCUGAGGGAAACCAUGAAGACUGGUCUACCUGGGGAUCUGGGUUAACCACCUGGUUGUACCGGUUGUGUAUGAAGGCGACGGCUCGCGGGAGGCGGAGGAGGAGCGACUGAGUGUAUAUAAGCAGCCUUUCUCUGUGCACCUCCAGUGUUUUAACGUGUUUGCAUUUUCGGGGACUUCUCUGUCUGCCUGUUCGUGAAUCUGUCCUGGCUUUUUAAGUGGGGAGGGAA